CGUAUAAAAGCCGCGAACCGCACUGCUUUUGGCAAUUAGUCUCGACGAAACCCAACGACUGAGAACCAACUGAACUCAGAUAAAAAAAAGAAAUGAAAUUCGCAAUUAUUCUACUGGCUGCCAGCAUUGCCUGCAUCAGCGCACAGGGCCCUGGAGCUCCUGCUGGUAAUCCCCUUGCCGGAAAUCCCUUUGCCGCUGCCAAUCCGUAUGCGGCUGCCUUUAAUCCCUUCCUAAAUGGAAUUUUCGGCGGAGCGGGCACUGGAGCAGCUGCCGGAGUAGCCGCUCCCGUGGCUCCAUCUGCCCCCUUUGGAGGCGCCUCGAUUUCCUCCUUCUUCCAGUCGAUAGUCCUGCAACGUGAAGCCGAGCGCCUUCUUGCCCAGCCCGAUUUCCCCACCGACCUGGCGGAGCGCGUCCAGGAUGUGGUGGCCACCUCGCAGGAGUCGAUCGAUGGUUGCAAAAACGCCACUUUGCCCUGGCUGCAGAUCCGCUGCGUCAAGCCUCUGUUGACCACUGCCAAGAACCAGCUGAAGGCUAUCGAUGACGAGUGGCAGACACGCUUGGCCGCCACCGCCAGUCCCGCAGGAGCAGCUCCUGCCUAGGAUCCUAGUCCUGUCCUCUCGCUGCCCUUCCUAGCUUAGCAAUCGACCAAAAUAGAUGCAAUAAAAUUUAAAUAAGCUUAA